GCCAUCGCCAACCAGUUGCCGUUCGCCGGCUUUCCUCGUCAUCAGGGUUUCCCGAGGACCUGACAGGCUGGUGACCUUGCAGGCUGGCGAAAGUAUCACUGCCACCACCAGCGUCAUCCUCUCUUUCUUGUUUUCCCCUGCCAUUGUUUCUUAUCGCUCACAUCCCUCUCUGGCGCAUACGAGACAGCUUCACCUGUUCCUACAACCUGCCAAAACACCACAGCACAGCGUCUUUUGAUCACGAACAAUGCCCUCGAUCCGGCUUUGACGGCUGAACAAUAUCACACAACCGCUCCUGCAGCAUUGAAACAUCUUGCGACAAUCGCUGACCCUUACAAUGACCGACGAGGAACAAGGCAUUCAGCGCCCGGCGCAAACCUACCAGACCCCCGACUGGGAGACUCCCACGACCAACAAGCGUCGCUCGUUCUUUGAUCGCUUCGCUCCAGCGACGGCUGGCCACCAACGCGACAAUACCACCACUGCUGCUCCCACGGCGACGAACGAAGGCGGCUUCGCGAAAGAGGAUACCCAACGCUCAGAUGAUCACGCCCAUCUGACCGCUCCUGCCACCGGCGCGGCGGUUGCUACAGGCGCAACGGCAGCACCCAAGACCCAUCUCUCUCUAGCAGCUCGCUUCAAUGCUCUGCUCCCGCCACAGAAGACCUACCUCGGCCUCUCUCGAAAGCGAUUCCUUCUCUUCGUCGUCUUGCCUCUAGCGGUUCUGCUCCUGCUCAUCCUCCCUCUCGCCCUCGGUCUUGGUCUCUCUAAGCGUGGCGGAGGAAAGCAAGAUUUGCCCCUUCCGAAUAAUCAGGACGUUCACACCGGUGACCUCACGUACUAUGCCCCUGGGCUAGGCGCCUGCGGAAAGACGAGCAGCGACAGCGACAUGAUUGUCUCGGUGUCGCACUACCUGUGGGACGAUGUGCAGAGCGGCGGCAAUCCGAACAAUAACCCGCUAUGCGGCAAGAAGAUCCGCGUCCGGCGUGAUGGCGAGGGAUCGGUGGAUGUCACCGUUGUGGACCGAUGCACCGGCUGUGCGCCGACCGAUCUCGAUUUAAGCCCCGCGGUAUUCAACAAAUUGGCCAAUAAGGACGAAGGCAGAGUCACUGGCACAUGGAGUUGGUUGGACUGAGCAGGUCUGGAAGAAUGCCUGAACCGCAAGCUGGAUGGGAGUACUGCAUAAGGAACAUCCCGCCGGCCGGGAAUUUGACGAGCCAUGCGAAUAGUACGACUACGAGCCGAAGACGGAAAGAUGUUGCGCGAUGUUUGGAAUUGUUUCGAUACCCC